AUGACUUUCUCGCUUAUCAUCAUGGAGACAAACACCAGACGUCAAGAGAUUCUGUCAAACCUGAACGAGUUCUCAGACGGAGACCAAAUACUCGCCGAGUUCAGAACCUCAAUAGAGGAAAAGUAUCUCCGCCACAGUGAUCCAGAUAUCCCGAUUCAGCGAUUCGGGUUCCUCCUCGGACAACUCCUCCUAUUCAAGACGGAGAUCUGCGCACGCCAGAAACUCAUCUACCUCCGAGGCAAGCAGCCGUCUUCUCUCGAUUACGACGUAUCGCAAAAGACACUCCUCAUCGCAUGCACAGCCCUCGAGACAGGCCUCGAAAUGCAUUCUGAUGAACUUCUACGGGGUUUCCGCUGGUUGACAACAACCUAUACACAAUACCAUCUCCUCACGUACAUUCUAUGGCAUAUGUGUGUUUAUCCGGAAGGUUUGCAUGACGAGAGGGCAUGGCGCGGUGUGAACAUACAAUUUGCUAUGAUGGAGGAUCCAUCGUGGCCGGAUCCUGGCCCGAAGUGGCCUAUCGUCGUGCAGUUGAAGAAUAAGGCACAGCAAGCUCGGCAGGCGCGUGAUUCUGCACAGGGUCAGAGUAUCAUUCACGAAACAGCUGCUGCUGAGCCGGCCCCGAUAUAUACUUUCGAUAUCGAUGGAUGGGAUCCAGAUUGUGUGGAUAUUUCGGACUGGAAUAGUUUGGCUCAAAGUCUUUCGUUGCUACGGUGA